AUGAAUUUGAGCUUCUUUAUCGAGAAGAUUGAAGAACGAGAACUUGAACUCCGAAAGAAUAAUGCAGCAACUGAUAAAGUAGAAUUCAAAUCUGAGGAAAAUGUUCGAGAGGAAGAGGAGCAGGUGGAUUACCGUUUCUUAUUUUGUGCCGAAGCUAUUUAUAAAGCACAAGCUGAAACAGGUGAAAUUAAAGGGCAUUACUUGAAUGCUACUACGGGUAAUUGCGAAGAUAUGAUGAAAAGGGCUGUAUUUGCUAGAGAAUUGAGAGUUCCUAUCGUAAUGCAUGACUACCUAACAGGUGGAUUCACUGCAAAUACUAGCUUGUCUCAGUAUUGCCGAGAUAAUGGUCUACUUCUUCACAUCCACCGCGCAAUGCAUAUUGAUAGACAGAAGAAUCAUGCAUCCACAAUAGGAUGUAUGUUGAUGUUUUUAAUGAGAGAGAAAGGUGAGGUGGAUGAGAGAGGGUGUGAGGUGGAGAAGAGAAGAGAAGGUGUGGUGGUGUAUGUAAGGAAAAACAUGUAUUUGAGAAGAGAGAAAGGUGUUGUGAGAGGGAAGGAGGAAAGAGGAGAGAGAGUGUUUUUUUGGAUGAUAAUAUGGGACAAGAGAGAGAAUGUGUGUGAUUGGUGGGGCAAUGGCACCUUGACACAAUAA